AUGCUGCUGGACAAAGGGGCUGAUAUCAAUAUCAACACUCAAGGUGGACUUUAUGAUAACGCUCUAUGUGCAGCGUCACAAAGAGGUUAUGAGAAAGUGGUGCAGAUGCUGCUGGACAAAGAGGCUGAUUUUGACGCUCAGAAUGGAUAUUAUGGUAACGCUCUCUGCUGCGUAGCGUCACGAGGAGGUUAUGAGAAAGUGGUGCAGAUGCUCCUUAAGACAAAGAGGUUGAUAUUAAUAUUCAGGGUGAAUAUUAUGGCAAUGCUCUCUACGCAGCGUCACAAGAAGGUCAUGAGAAAGUGGUGCAGAUGCUGCUGA